AGCAACGAUGACAAUCGACUAAUUCGAGUGCAAUCACCUCGCGACUCGGCUGCCAACGAUUUUCAACUUUUGCUCUCGGAGUUUGCCGUGAUAAUUUCAAAAUAUAUACGCUCUCCGUUCUCAUCGGUUCAGUUGUUGAUUCAUUUGCGAGUGUCUCGUUAUUUUUACCUAUAAUCAUGGAUCAAAAUCGCGAGGAUAUGAUUGAAAGAUUCAAAGAUGUCACGGGGGUCGAUUCACAACGAGCCAAAUUUUUCCUCGAAUCUUCUGCCUGGUCAAUUGAUGUUGCCCUUGCGAGCUUUUUUGAAAAUGACAGCGAUGCGGCAUUUAAUAUGGAAGAACACGAUGAUCAGAGACCAGUUCUUCAAAAUUUGAGUGAAAUGGUUACUAAUGAACAAGUUAGACCACCCAUGGAACCAUUGGUGCAGGCAAAAGCAUCCAAGUCUAAACCAAAGAAAAAGGCAAAUUUUGGCACAAUAAGGGACUUCAAAGACAAUGCUAGCAGUUCGGAUGAAGAAGAAGGACAAGCAUUUUAUGCUGGGGGUUCUGACUCGAGUGGUCAACAAAUUUUGGGACCAGGUAAAAAAAAAGACAUCAUAUCAGACAUGUUCAAAGCGUGUAAGGAAGAACAAGGUGCUACGGCUGGAGAAUCAAGCAGACCCAGUGCUCAGAGCAGGCCUAGUACAUUUGGAGGGACAGGCUAUAAGUUGGGUAUGACUAGCAACGAUACAGAAGUUGUUGGAACACCAUCAUCUGACGAUCAAGCCUCGUCUUCUGGUGCUGUGUCUCUGAAGCUCUGGAAAAAUGGAUUUACUGUAAAUAAUAGGGAGCUUAGGAGAUACGAUGAUCCAGCCAAUCAAGAAUUUCUUGAUACAAUAAAACGGGGUGUAAUUCCUGAAGAAAUACGCUCUGAGGUAGCAGGUAGUGUGUUACAUUUAGAAAUGGAAGAUCAUAGGCUUGAGGAUUAUGCUCCACAAAAAGAUAAACUUAAGGCAUUUACUGGUAAAGGCCAUAUGCUUGGAAGUCCAUCUCCAGCCACUGUUGGAAUGACAUUACCUGUAGAUCCAGCCGAUCAAGCUGCUAAUGAGACAAUGGCAAGAACUCAACUCAAUCUUAAUACAGAUUUACCAGUUACAUCAUUACAAAUUAGAUUAGCUGACGGAAGUAAUGUGAGAGCUCAAUUUAAUUUGACACACACAAUUGCAGAUGUGAGAAACUACAUCGUAAAUAUGAGGCCUCAAUAUGCACUCAGACCUUUUACUUUGAAUACAACGUUUCCAACAAAAGAACUUUCGGAGGAAGGUAAAACUAUUGAAGAACUGAAUCUUCAAAAUUCUGCAAUCAUGCAAAGGCUGAAAUAAAUUAGCAAUUAUUUCUUUUUUCAAAUAUUGAAUUUGUUAGUGUCUAUGAAUUAACAAUUAGUAAAAAAUCUUGGAGUUUAAUUAAAAACAUUUUAUACUUUUAUUUUUCCAAAGAUUCAUAAUUUUGAAUGUUUGUAUAUUCUUAAUAGUGGUCAAGAGAAAAAAUAAUAAACGAUUGUAUUUCUUUAAUUUUAUGUACAAAUAUAAUUUUUCAUUAAGCAUA